AAAUACAUUCGUUUAAGUAUUAAAGAACGAAGAACAAGCUUAACAAGCCAAUAAUUUGAAAGACUCCGAACAUUGAAAGUUCACACCAGUUUGUACAUAUUUCCAACAGCCCUAUAAAGCUGUCCCACGGUCAUCGAGUCCAGUCAGGUCAACGCGGCUGAGCGAACACCACACACGGGAUAAACAUAAACAAUAUAAUUAACUGCAAUAGUAACUUAGAGUUAGUAAAGAAUGAUAAAGAUUUUCCUGCUUUCGGCUAUCGCGGUGUGCGCGUUGGCUGCAGAGCAACACCACAGUCAUGAUCAAACUGGCGAUGUGAUUACAAAACCCGCAGCGGUCGACUCUACCCCCGGCCCCGUGACGGUGACGCCGGCGGGCGCGGUCCGCGGCUCGUGGAUGGACUCGCGGCUCGGCCGCCGCUUCCAGGCCUACCGCGGCAUCCGCUACGCGCAACCGCCCGUAGGAGAACUACGAUUCCAGCCUCCUGUAGACAUGAAUACGUACACAUCCGAGGUGGACGCGAGCGAAGAAGGCCCCGGCUGCCCGGAGCCUGUCGACUCCACCGUGUAUUACGUCGACGAGGACUGUCUCCGCCUCAACGUUUACACUCCGGAAAAUAACAGCUCCCGUAAGCUGCCGGUGAUUGUUUUCAUUCACCCUGGCGGUUACUACUCGUUUUCGGGGCGCUCUGACCUCUUCGGUCCCCAUUACCUAUUGGACAGAGAUGUAGUGCUGGUUGUGAUCAACUACAGACUGGCUUCACUCGGUUUUCUGAGCACUGGUGAUUCCGUUGCACCUGGCAACAAUGGUUUUAAGGACCAGGUGUCAGCGCUGCGCUGGAUUCAGCGCAACGUGGCGGCGUUUGGCGGCGACCCGGGCCAAGUUACCAUCGCGGGGUGCAGUGCUGGCUCAUCUAGCGUGGUUCUGCACAUGAUCUCACCGAUGUCUAAAAACCUGUUUCAUCGAGGAAUUGCUAUGUCCUGGUCGCCCAUGGGCAAGGAACCCCUACCGUCGCACCAGCUAGACCUGGCGCAGAAACAGGCCAGUUUCCUGGACUGCCCCACAAACUCGUCGCGCGCCAUCGUCGAUUGUCUGAAAACCAAAACCUGGCAGGAAAUCGGCUAUUCACUUAAUACUUUCUGGGAUAAAUACGGCUUCGGCUUCGACCCUAUCAGCUUCUGGACUCCAGUUGUUGAGCCGGAUGUGGGCCAGCAUCGUUUCUUGUCGGUGCAGCCCGACGAGGCCGUGCGGAGCGGCCAAUUCAGUGCCGUGCCGUUGCUCGUCAGCCAGACCGAGGAUGAAUUCUUCUGGAAGGCGUUUUAUGUGACCAGAAACGAGACUUUACGUGAUCGCAUGAACGCAGAAUGGGAGAACAUAGCGCCUAUUUCAUUCAAUCUGCCUGAGAAGAACUUUGCGGCGGCCAGCCGUCGGCUCAAGGCGGUUUACCUGGGCGGCAAGCCGGUUGAAGACACGCCUGAAAGGAAUAAGGCACUUGGGAAGUUGUAUGGAGAUAGCUGGAUUGGGCUUAAUGCACACAGGUUAGCAAACUUGAUGUGCCGCCAUUCGCCACAACCGGUGUGGUACAGUGUCUUCAGCUACAUCGGCAACCGCAGCUUCUACGAGGAUCCAGUUACUGGCAAGCCUGCUGGUGUUGCACACCACGACGACACGAUCUACGUGUUCUCGCAGAGCUACCUGCGGCCGCCGAUCCAGGCGCGCUCGCCGCCGCCGCCCGCGCCGCAGGACCACCUCAUGGUGGAGCGCAUGACCGCCAUCUGGUACACCUUCGCCAAAAACGGCAAUCCAAAUCCUCGUGAAGGCGAGUUGCCGGAGCUGUCCUCGCUGGACUGGCCGGUCAUGAACCCCGAAGACAGGAAGUAUCUGAAGGUGGACCUCGAGUUCUCCGUGCACGAGAAACUGCACGAGAAACAGCUGGAAGUCUGGGACGAGCUCUACCCUAUGAAGUUUUGAAAAACCCAGCCUUUAAAAAAUAGCAAUAAUUAUACUUAUAAGUAGUUACGGUCCUGGGAAGUAGACAAAUAUACAACAUACCUAUUAAAUUUUUCAAAUAGGUACAAACAUUUUAAAGGCACUUUCAACCUCUAUGGUAUUUCGGGUUCGGGCGUCCAUGGGUGGCGGUGAUCGCUUACCAUGAGGCGACCUGACUGCUUCUUUGCCUUCAAUGUCAUAAAUAAAAUAAAUAAAUAAAUAUUGGGGACAUCUUACAUAGAUCAACUUAGCCCCAAACUAAGCAAAGCUUGUACUAUGGGUCCUAAGCGACAAUAUACAUACUUAUAAUAUAUAGAUAAAUACAUACUUAUAUACAUAGAAAACAUCCAAAUAAACGAACAGUAUUAGGAAUUCUUAUAUAAUUAUACAAGUGUUUGUCUUGCUCCAGUCUGACUUGAAGACUGGAAAAAUCCUACCCCAUCUACAUGGUGGUAUGAAUUCAUUUUACAAUUUCUGACAAUAAAAUAAUUAUUACAUUUACUAAAUUGUCCAAGAUCUUUGAGAAAUGUUUGUUUCUCAGGCUGGAAAGACACUUCAACAAAUAUGGGUUAUUAUCUGAUUAUCAGUACGGCUUUAGAACUAAUAAGAAUACUUCAUCUGCAGUUAUUAAUUUAGUCACUGAAGUAAUGCUGGCACUUAAUGAUGGAUACUACUGUGGAGGAGUAUUCUGUGAUCUUACCAAGGCAUUCGACUGUGUUGAUCACGGAAUACUCCUCACAAAAUUGGAAGCAUAUGGUGUACGUGGUACAGCCUGGAACCCUAAAUUCCUACCUUACUAACCGCUCCCAGUAU